UUCCAUCCGAUUCUUCUCCGAAGUUUCAGUGUCCGGGAGCGAUUGAUUUAUUACUUUUGCCCCACGCUCGUCAAAACUGACGGUUGAAAUUAUAUAAAGACGAAAAUCCCCGAUCAACACCCAACCGUUUCUUCAAACCCUAGAAAUCCACACGAUCUCUCUCUCUCUCUCUCUUACUGUGUAAUCCGCGCGCGCUCUCGAAUUAGGGUUCGUGUUGAGGAGUAAUCGAAGAGCAGAAGCCAUGGACGAUUGUUGUGCUGUUUGCGCCGAGCCCUUGGAAUGGGUUGCCUACGGACCCUGUUUGCACCGCGAGGUCUGCUCCACCUGCGUCGCCCGCCUCCGUUUCAUUUGCGACGAUCGCCGUUGUUGCAUCUGCAAGACCGAUUGCAACCUCGUCUUCGUCACCAAGGCUCUAGGAGAUUAUACAAGGAUGAUUAAUGAUUUUUCAUCCUUGCCGGUUGAGGUAAGGGAGGGCAAGGUUGGAUCGUACUGGUAUCAUGAGGAUACAAACACAUUUUUCGAUGAUGUGGACCAAUACAAGAUGAUCAAGGCUAUGUGCAGGCUUUCAUGCACUGUGUGUGACAAGAUGGAGGAGCAACCACAAGAUGUUCCAAGGAGACGAGAGAGGUUUAGGAAUAUAGGGCAGCUGAAGGGUCACUUAUUCCACCGUCAUAAGUUGCAUAUGUGCGGUUUGUGUUUGGAGGGAAGGAAGGUAUUUAUAUGUGAGCAAAAUCUAUAUUCUAGAGCACAGUUGAAUCAACACAUAUGCACAGGUGAUUCUGAAGUGGAUGGAAGUGAGAGUGACAGAGGUGGUUUUAUGGGGCAUCCUAUGUGUGAAUUCUGCAGAACCCCAUUUUAUGGGGACAAUGAACUGUACACGCACAUGUCUACAGAACAUUAUACUUGUCAUAUAUGUCAAAGACAGCAUCCAGGACAGUAUGAAUACUAUAAGAGUUAUGAUGACCUAGAGAUCCACUUCCGUCAAGAUCACUUCUUAUGUGAGGAUGAGGCUUGCCUUGCUAAGAAAUUUAUUGUUUUUCAAUCUGAUUCAGAGAUGAAGAGACAUAAUGCUACUGAGCAUGGAGGGCGAAUGUCACGGUCAAAGCGUAAUGCUGCUCUUCAGAUACCGACUAGUUUUCGAUACAGACAUGGUAGUGAACAGGACCAACGCCGUGGAAGAGGUCGUACGUUCCGUCGAGAUUUUUCUGAAAAUCAACUUUCUAUGGCCAUUGAAGCCAGUUUGCAGUCAGCUAAUGAUGAGUAUCAUAUUCCAUCAACAUCAAGUAAUGGACAAAUGGCUGCUGCUGAUGGGAGUGAUGACAUUGAUUCUAUCAUCCAACCUUUUGAAUCGUUAGCUACAGCAGAUUCUGAAUCAUCUGCAAGGUACCUUCAAGCCUUAGGCCACUCAAAGAAUGGAGUUCUAGGAGAUUCUUCCUUUCCUCCGCUUUCUGGAACUUCCAGCAAUGCUCCGCAAAUAUCCAAAAAUGACUUGGAAGGUUCAUCUAGUAACACGAUGGCAGCACGUUUGCGUCGGCAUGGCAAGAGAAGUGUAUCUGUUGUUAAUUCUGGUAAUGCCUGGUCUGUAGCAGGCCGUGGACCUGUACAACCAUUAAGCAAUCCUUCACAAUCAAAACCGUCAACAAACCUUGGUCUUGGAGUGUCUCGCAAUUCUGGUCAGAUGAAGACGGGAACUAAUAGUGGACCUUCACCCUCUGGUCAGAUGAAGACAGGAACUAACAGUGGACCUUCACCCUCAACUUAUGCUAGCUCCAUUCAGGCUACACAAAGAACUUCUCAUAGACAAUUACCUGCUGGUUCAUUGAGGGACGCACGUGACAAUGGUAGAAUAGUUCACUCUGCAUCUGCUCCAAACCUCAUUGAGAAUAAUCCUGUUGAGGUUUCAAUUUCAGAUUUCCCUCCAGUUUCUGCUGCACAAGUGAGCAAGUUACCUACAAGCAGUCAGUCUCUGUUGAAUGUGGAGAACGUUAAGUCUGCUAACAAGUCAUUGGUCGAUAAGAUUCGCAGUGCUCUUGAUUUUAAUGAAGAAAGAUAUACUAUAUUUAAAGACAUAUCUGCGCGAUAUCGUCAAGGCACACUAGAUACUGGUACAUAUGUGGACUGUGUGCAGCAGUUUGGCUUGUCUCAUCUUGUACUUGAGUUGGCAAGACUUUGCCCAGAUCCUCAGAAGCAGAAAGAACUUGUUGAGGCUUACAACGCAACUUUGCAAACAAAUAGUUUUCAAGAUAAUAACUGGGCUUCUGGCAGCAGUAGCACCCAUCGCAAGGACAGUAAUGUCGGCAAGAAAGGUAAAGGUAAGACUGUAGAUGGUGGGGCAGAGAGACUAGCAGAUAGUUUUUUAAGUACUGUGCAUCAACUACAGUCGAGUUAUGAACCUUCAGAAGAGAAGUUGGAGGUCCUAUCAAAGGGCGAUUACCGCACUGACAGAGGCAAAUCAAAGAUCAAGCAGCCGAUUGAUACUAACUCUGGUAGUCAACCUAAGAUGAAGGAUGGCGGGCAGGCUAGAACAUCAAAUGCCAGCUUAUCUAAUCAAAAUAGAGAGGAUGGGGGUGGCGGGAACAAGCAACGCAAGAAAAGUUCCAAGUUCCUGAGAGUGCGCCUGGGUGAUGGUUCUGCUUCGACCCUUCAUGAAAACCAACACACCGAAACAGGUCCUGGAACAACAGACAAUUUAGAAGAGAACAGGAAUGGCACUGGAGGAGGGCUGCCUGUGAGAGGUGUUUGGCGAACCGGGGGUGUUCACAAGCUCUUCUCCUAAUUCUGCUUCGCCGCUGCUUUGAAAUGUGAAGUAGCAAAUGCAAGUGAACUGGCAUGCGUGAACCAUAGUUGAACUAGUAUAAUCAUAAAGGAUCCUAUUUUAGCUUUUGAGAGUAAUGAUAUCCAUGGAGUCUGAUUUGAGUUGGAUUUCAAGUAUAGCAAUCAGGGAUAUCAAUUUUGUUGUCAUGUUGGAAGCCAAACCGUUGCCUGAAUGGGCUCAUUUUGUUCGUUUUGAGGUAUAUUUGAUAAAGUGUUAAUAGGAAACUGUAGUGCCUGUCAAGUGUACUAUUUACAGUAUCAAAUAUCUUUCGGUGAGUGUUUUGGAUAGUUAAAUUUAACAAGGUAAUGUUGCUUAA